UUCAUGGGGAGCCAUUGCUGGGCGUUAUCAGAGUCUGCUACAAUAUUGCUCUAAACAGCAAGAGCUCAAUAAACCAAGCAACAUCAAAGGCAAUGUUGACCCAGAUGAUCAGCAUCGUAUUCAGGCGGAUGCAAACUGAUCUGGUCUCUAUGCCAUCUGGUUUUGCUGCACAAGAAGUUGCUUCAGAAAAUGGUUCCAACUUGAAGGUUGAAGAGACUUCAUCAGGUGAUCAGAAUGAGAAAGGAAUGAUGUUUGGAGAUGCACUUUCUGUGAAUAUAGUCAAAGAUGCAUCUCUUGCAUCCGUCGAGGAACUGCAAAAUCUUGCUGGUGGGGCUGAUAUAAAGGGUUUGGAGGCCGUUCUUGACAAAGCUGUUCAUCUCGAAGAUGGUGAAAAAACCAUAAGAGGGAUUGAUCUUGAGGGCAUGAGCAUUGGACAACGUGAUGCUUUACUUCUUUUCCGCACCCUCUGCAAGAUGGGUAUGAAGGAAGAGAAUGAUGAAGUUACCACCAAGACACGUAUCUUAUCUCUUGAGCUUCUGCAGGGUUUAUUGGAAGGUGUUGGUCACUCAUUUACAAAGAAUUUCCAUUUUAUUGACUCAGUGAAAGCUUACCUUUCCUAUGCACUAUUGCGAGCCUCAGUUUCUCAAGCGACUGUCAUAUUUCAGUACGCAGCAGGAAUAUUCUCAGUGCUUUUGUUGCGGUUCAGGGAAAGUCUGAAAGGUGAAAUUGGUGUCUUCUUUCCCUUGAUUGUGCUCCGAUCAUUGGAUGGCUCUAACCUUAACCAAAAAUUAAGUGUUCUUCGGAUGCUAGAGAAAGUCUGCAAGGAGUCUCAGAUGCUUGUUGACCUAUACGUCAACUAUGAUUGUGAUAUUGAGGCACCAAACUUGUUUGAACGCAUGGUUACCACUUUGUCCAAAAUAGCUCAAGGGAUUCAAAGUCUGGACCUGAACUCCGUUACUGCAUCCCAGAUGGGAUCAAUUAAAGGAUCGGCCCUUCAGGGUUUAUUGGAAGGUGUUGGUCACUCAUUUACAAAGAAUUUCCAUUUUAUUGACUCAGUGAAAGCUUACCUUUCCUAUGCACUAUUGCGAGCCUCAGUUUCUCAAGCGACUGUCAUAUUUCAGUACGCAGCAGGAAUAUUCUCAGUGCUUUUGUUGCGGUUCAGGGAAAGUCUGAAAGGUGAAAUUGGUGUCUUCUUUCCCUUGAUUGUGCUCCGAUCAUUGGAUGGCUCUAACCUUAACCAAAAAUUAAGUGUUCUUCGGAUGCUAGAGAAAGUCUGCAAGGAGUCUCAGAUGCUUGUUGACCUAUACGUCAACUAUGAUUGUGAUAUUGAGGCACCAAACUUGUUUGAACGCAUGGUUACCACUUUGUCCAAAAUAGCUCAAGGGAUUCAAAGUCUGGACCUGAACUCCGUUACUGCAUCCCAGAUGGGAUCAAUUAAAGGAUCGGCCCUUCAGUGUCUUGUGAACGUGCUAAAAUCACUAGUUGAUUGGGAGAAGUCUCGUAGGGCAGCAGAAAAGCAGAGUAAAGGCAAACAGGCCGAGCAGUCUUUUGAAGAAGAAAUUUCAGCUAGAGACUCUACUGGGAUAAAACUCAAGGAAGAUUUACCCAAUAACUUUGAGAAGGUGAAGGCUCAUAAGUCCACUAUGGAAGCUGCUAUCUCUGAGUUCAACCGGCACCCAGGAAAGGGUACCGAGUAUCUAAUAUCAAGUGGGUUGGUGGAGAACACACCAGCUUCAGUUGCUCAAUUUCUGAGGAAUACUCCUACUUUAGACAAGGCUGUGAUUGGUGACUACUUGGGCCAGCAUGAGGAGUUUCCGCUUGCUGUUAUGCAUGCUUAUGUUGAUUCUAUGAAGUUUUCUGGAAUGAAGUUUGAUAGUGCAAUCCGUGAAUUCCUUAGGGGAUUCCGGCUUCCAGGGGAAGCUCAGAAGAUAGAUCGCAUUAUGGAAAAGUUUGCAGAGCGUUAUUGUGCAGACAAUCCUGGUCUCUUCAAGAAUGCAGAUGUGGCGUAUGUCCUUGCAUAUGCCGUUAUAAUGUUAAAUACUGAUGCUCAUAAUCCAAUGGUAUGGCCUAAAAUGUCCAAGGCUGAUUUUACGCGCAUGAAUUCCACGAGUGAUGCUGAAGAGUGUGCUCCUAGGGAACUCUUGGAGGAGAUAUAUGAUUCUAUCGUUAAAGAAGAGAUAAAAAUGAAAGAUGAUCCUGCUGGUCUUGGAAAAAACAGCAAACAAAAGCCAGAAGCAGAGGAGCAAGGCCGCCUCGUCAGUAUUCUUAAUCUGGCUCUCCCCAAGAGGAUAUCUUUAACAGACACCAAGUCUGAGAGUGAAGCUAUUAUUAAACGAACACAGGCUAUUUUCCGGAAUCAAGGAGCAAAGAGAGGUGUCUUUUAUACCUCACAUCGGAUUGAACUUGUAAGGCCAAUGGUUGAAGCUGUAGGAUGGCCAUUGCUUGCUACUUUUGCUGUUACCAUGGAGGAAGGAGAAAAUAAACCAAGGGUGGUCCUCUGCAUGGAAGGAUUUAGAGCAGGAAUACACAUUACACAUGUCCUUGGAAUGGAUACCAUGCGCUAUGCUUUCUUGACAUCUCUUAUUAGAUUUAAUUUCUUACAUGCACCAAAGGAUAUGCGUAGUAAAAAUGUAGAAGCAUUGCGGACUCUACUGGGUUUAUGUGAUUCAGAGACCGACGCUCUUCAAGACACAUGGAAUGCGGUUCUGGAGUGCAUUUCUCGGCUUGAAUAUAUCACUUCGACUCCUUCCAUGGCUGCAACUGUCAUGCAAGGAUCAAACCAGAUCUCCAGGGAUGCUAUUCUUCAAUCUCUAAGAGAAUUGGCUGGGAAACCAGCUGAACAAGUGUUUGUGAACAGUGUAAAAUUACCUAGUGAAUCUGUGGUGGAGUUCUUUACUGCUCUUUGUGGCGUGUCAGCUGAAGAACUGAAGCAGACUCCAGCUCGUGUUUUCAGCUUGCAAAAACUUGUUGAGAUCAGCUAUUACAAUAUGGCUCGUAUACGUAUGGUAUGGGCUAGAAUAUGGUCUGUCCUAGCUAAUCAUUUUAUUUCUGCUGGGAGCCAUCAUGAUGAGAAAAUUGCGAUGUACGCCAUAGAUUCUCUAAGGCAACUCGGGAUGAAAUAUUUGGAACGUGCUGAACUUGCUAAUUUCACAUUCCAGAAUGAUAUUUUGAAACCGUUUGUCAUUCUUAUGCGGAGCAGUCGAAGUGAAUCUAUAAGGAGGUUGAUUGUUGAUUGCAUUGUUCAAAUGAUAAAAUCUAAAGUUGGAAGCAUAAAGUCUGGCUGGCGAAGUGUGUUCAUGAUUUUCACAGCUGCUGCAGAUGAUGCACUGGAACCAAUUGUUGAAAGUGCAUUUGAGAAUGUAGAACAGGGUUAG